GCGGUGCCGAGGCACGAGCGGACGACGACGCCGUACAUGACAAAGUACGAGCGGGCGCGCAUCCUGGGGACGAGGGCGCUGCAGAUUUCGAUGAACGCGCCGGUGUUGGUGCAGCUCGAGGGAGAGACGGAUCCGCUGGAGAUCGCCGGGAAGGAGUUGAGGGAGAAAAGAGUGCCGUUUGUGGUGCGGCGGUACAUGCCGGACGGGAGUUACGAGGAUUGGGGGAUCGACGAGUUGAUCGUG